UAAUCAUAAACCAGGAGAGGGUGAUAGCCCUCCUCGUUGUAACGAGAAUAUACGGCGUGUGACAGUUUAGUACCUACCGCAGUUCUGAUUCAAACCCCGAACGGUUAACAUAUUACUCCGAACGCGGUGAGAGUGCGUGGUAGUUUGGGCAAUUACUGGCGGAAGAACACGGAAGAUUUCUAUAGUUAAAAUUUCAUGGCCAACCAAGAUUAAACGGAUCUUGCAACGUUCUGCCUACUUAAAUCGCCAAAAUGACCAAAAGCAGUCCCCUGACGGUCCGCUACAAGGACUCGGUCUACGAUUUGACCGAUUUUGCCCACAAACAUCCCGGAGGGAUCAACACUCUCAAAGGCCUCCACCAGCAGGACAUGCAGGAACGGUUCGAGAAAACUCCCGGCCAUUCGGCGGCCGCCAAAUACCUCAUGAAAGAGUACAAGAUCUGUGAUAAAAACAAUAACACUACCACCGGUAAGGCGAACGGCCACGUCAACGGGCUCAAAAAUGGCCUCAACGGAACAAAACAGUCGAACGGAACCAAUGGAGUAAUCCCUCAAAGUACUGACGAUAGUAUGGAGCACCUCGUAGACUGGAGCAAACCAAUGCUGGUUCAAAUCCCAACCCUCGGCAAACACUACGUCGACUGGGUCAACAAACCGGUGGACAGAAACCUUCGUCUCUUUGGACCCACAUGGUUGGAAAAUCUCACCAAAACGCCCUGGUGGGUGGUGCCUGCCUUCUGGAUCCCUGCCAUCAUCUACAUCAUCCAUCUGGGCGUAAAGUAUAACCUAUCAAAGGGACCCGAAGAGCUCACCCUUCGGGAUCAUCUCUCUCCACUCGUUUUCGGAUGUCUAUGCUUCGGGGUUCUCAUUUGGAGCCUGCUGGAGUACACCCUGCACCGAUGGGUGUUCCACUUAGACCCGAAGGAAAACCGAUUCCUACACACGUUCCAUUUUCUGCUUCAUGGUCUACAUCACAAGGUACCGUUCGAUCCCUAUCGGCUGGUGUUCCCACCAUUUCCAGCAGUAUUGCUAGCCACUUUUUUCUACCAACCGGUACGGCUACUAUUGCCCUAUCCUCAGCUGAUGUUGGCCGGUGGGUUGAUAGGCUACCUCGCGUACGAUAUGAUCCAUUACUACAUUCACUAUGGAAGUCCGAAUGGAGGCCAUCUGUAUCACAUGAAGCGAUACCACUAUCAGCAUCACUUUGUACAUCAUGAUCUAGGUUUUGGCAUCAGCAGUGACAUUUGGGACAAAGUAUUCGGAACAACGAUUCUGCUGCGAAAGCUGAAAUAUCUACUUAAGUGGUAGACAUCCUAUCAACAUUUCACCUAACUUAGGGAGCAAUGCAAACGGGUUUCUUCGAGUCAACAGCACCAAAAAAUAAAAAGGAUACUUAAGGAUAAACACAGUUUUACCAUGAUUAAUUGUAAGGAUACAGGACUUUCUUGCCCAACAG